CAGCCGCUCAGCUCGGAGCGUCCAUCCAGCGACGCAUCGGUGGGAUCAGUCCGCACAGAGCGCACGGAGCAGCGGCUGCAGAGAGAGACUCAGAGCCCGGAGAAGAAGGAGCGUGGACGCUUGGAGGAUGGUUUGAUCAGCUUUUUGAAGCCGUGGGGAGGUUGGAGCAAAUCUGCAAAGGAGAGCAAAAAAAAAAAAAGGCUUGACGAUGCGAUUUGGAGGACCAUGCCACUAAUAUGAUCAUGCACAUUCCUCCGCAUUGCACAUAGAGCCUCCCAUUUUCUCAGCCCUCUUCCCUUUUUUGGCCUCCCUCCCCCGCUUUCACCGCCCACCUGGAUCGUGUCUGCAGUCGCGCAUUCAUCGGGCUGAGCCGUGCCGCUGUCCAGAAGCAGCUCGAGCCGACCCGCCACCGGAGAGAAAAGCGACCGGGUUGCACUGUGCUGUUGGGUGGUCCACACGAUGCGUCUGUUUCUGUUUGCGGUGCUCUUCUCGUGCUCCUGCGCGCGGGCCGGCUGCGAGCCCAAAAUCGUCAACAUCGGGGCCGUCCUGAGCCAGAAGAGAUACGAGCAGGUCUUUAAAGAUGCCGUGAACCAGGCCAACCAGGUCUACGGCAGGGACAAAUUCAAGCUGACCGCCAUCUCCGUAACGCACAAACCAAACGCCAUCCAGAUGGCUCUGUCCGUGUGCGAGGACCUCAUCUCCAGCCAGGUCUACGCCAUCCUGGUGAGUCACCCUCCCCAGUCCAAUGACCACCUCACUCCAACGCCCGUCUCCUACACUGCAGGCUUCUACCGCAUCCCCGUGGUGGGACUCACCACCCGCAUGUCCAUCUACUCGGACAAGAGUAUCCACCUGUCCUUCCUGCGGACAGUCCCUCCGUACUCCCACCAGGCGCACGUGUGGUUCGACCUGAUGCGCGAGUUCAACUGGAACCACAUCAUCUUGAUCGUGAGCGACGACCACGAGGGGCGGGCUGCUCAGAAGAGGCUUGAGACCCUGCUGGAGGAAAGAGAAACAAAGAAUAAAAAAAGGAACUAUGAAAACCUCGACCAACUGUCCUAUGACAACAAGCGAGGACCUAAGGCAGAGAAAGUCCUCCAGUUCAGCCAGGAGACUAACUUAACUGCUCUGCUGCUGGAGGCCAAAGAGCUGGAGGCCCGAGUCAUCAUCCUGUCCGCCAGUGAGGAGGACGCUGCUGCGGUGUACAAGGCUGCCCGUUUCCUCAACAUGACGGGCUCGGGCUACGUGUGGCUGGUGGGCGAGCGGGAGAUGUCGGGUAAAGCCCUGAGUGAGGCGCCAGACGGUCUGAUCGGCCUCCAGCUCAUCAACGGGAAGAAUGAGUCAGCACAUAUCAAUGAUGCAGUAGCCGUGGUGGCUCAGUCCAUCCAGGAGCUCUUUGAGAAGGAGAACAUCACAGAACCCCCAAGAGGAUGCGUGGGCAACACCAACAUCUGGAAAACAGGGCCGCUCUUUAAACGGGUGCUGAUGUCAUCUAAAUACCCAGAGGGCCUCACGGGGCGCGUGGAGUUCAACGAUGACGGGGACAGGAAGUAUGCCCACUACAGUAUUCUAAACUACCAGAAGAGUCGACUCAUUCAAGUGGGGAUCUACAACGGCACACAGGUGGUGAUGAACAAUCAGCGGAAGAUCAUCUGGCCCGGGGGAGAGACAGAGAAACCACAGGGCUUCCAGAUGUCCACUCGAUUAAAGAUAGUGACGAUACACCAGGAGCCAUUUGUGUAUGUGAAACCCACUAUGCCGGAUGGAACAUGCAAGGAGGAAAUGACAUUAAAUGGAGUCUUAAUUAAAAAGGUUAUCUGCACUGGGCCCAAUGAGACCAUCCCAGGUAACACAUCAGGACGCCCAAUUGUUCCCCAGUGUUGUUAUGGAUUCUGUAUUGAUCUCCUGAUCAAGUUGGCUAUGACCAUGAACUUCACUUACGAGGUACAUCUGGUAGCUGAUGGGAAAUUUGGAACCCAAGAGCGCGUAAACAACAGUAACAAGAAAGAGUGGAAUGGCAUGAUGGGAGAGCUCCUGGGGGGCCUGGCUGACAUGAUUGUGGCCCCACUGACUAUAAACAAUGAACGAGCCCAGUACAUCGAAUUCUCGAAACCCUUUAAAUAUCAAGGACUCACCAUUCUUGUUAAAAAGGAAAUCCCUCGCAGUACACUGGACUCGUUCAUGCAGCCGUUCCAAAGCACACUGUGGCUGCUGGUGGGUCUAUCGGUGCAUGUGGUGGCGGUGAUGCUUUACCUACUAGACCGGUUCAGCCCGUUUGGAAGAUUUAAAGUAAACAGUGAAGAAGAAGAAGAAGAUGCCCUCACCUUAUCGUCUGCCAUGUGGUUCUCCUGGGGAGUGUUGCUGAACUCUGGAAUAGGAGAAGGUGCCCCGCGUAGCUUCUCAGCGAGAAUCCUGGGCAUGGUGUGGGCUGGUUUUGCUAUGAUCAUUGUAGCCUCUUAUACUGCCAACCUGGCUGCCUUCCUGGUGUUGGACCGGCCUGAGGAGCGCAUCACCGGCAUCAAUGACCCAAGGCUGAGAAACCCAUCAGACAAGUUCAUCUACGCCACGGUGAAACAAAGUUCCGUGGACAUCUACUUCCGGCGGCAAGUGGAGCUUAGCACCAUGUACCGCCACAUGGAGAAGCACAACUAUGAGAGUGCCGCCGAGGCCAUCCAGGCCGUGCGUGACAACAAGCUGCAUGCUUUCAUCUGGGACUCUGCGGUGCUGGAGUUUGAAGCCUCGCAGAAGUGCGACCUGGUGACCACGGGAGAGCUGUUUUUCCGUUCGGGCUUUGGCAUAGGCAUGCGCAAGGACAGCCCCUGGAAACAGAAUGUGUCCCUGGCCAUUCUCAGUUCUCAUGAGAACGGCUUCAUGGAAGACCUAGAUAAAACCUGGGUGAGAUACCAGGAGUGUGACUCAAGGAGCAAUGCCCCAGCCACACUCACCUUUGAAAACAUGGCAGGUGUCUUCAUGCUGGUGGCUGGAGGCAUAGCAGCCGGGAUCUUCCUCAUCUUUAUCGAAAUCGCCUAUAAGCGCCAUAAAGACGCCCGCAGGAAGCAGAUGCAGCUGGCCUUUGCGGCCGUCAAUGUCUGGAGGAAGAACCUGCAGCCCUCUUCCUCUCUAGAGACUCAGGAUGAUAGGAAAAGUGGUAGAGCAGAGCCCGACCCCAAAAAGAAAGCCUCUUUUAGGUCCAUCAGUACCACCCUGGCCUCCAGCAUCAAGAGACGUAGGUCCUCCAAAGACACGCAGUACCCACCCACUGACAUCACGGGCCAACUCAACUUGUCUGACCCGUCUGUCAGCACCGUGGUGUAAAAGAGAGAGGGCGACGCCAACGGUUCGCUCCCAGAGGAGAGAGGAAACGAGACCAGAGGGAGAAAGGACGGGAGAAUCCACCUCCUCGUUCCCUUCGCUGUUGAAGCCAGAAAGCUUUCAUUUCACCGCCUGCCAAAAAGGAGCUUUUUUUUGAGGAAACCGCUUGCUGGAGAAGUGGCUGAAAAAAACACUGAACUUGCACCUUUUGUAAAGUCAGGAUUACCUGGCGUUAGAUGUUUGUAUAGGAUCCCUGAGCAUGCACUGAAGAACCCAUCUAACUCACAUAUUCGAUUUUUUCCUUCUGUAUCUUAUUAGCUGACUUAUUUAACCUUGUUUCUGUCCUUUUACUCUCAGAAAUGUACUUCAUGUUCAAUGUCAAACUUCCUGAUCAGCUGUUUAACCUUAGCAAGCUGGAAUAAGUUUACUUAAGUUUAAGGAUAGGUGAGAGUACCGUACUCAACAUAUCACUUCCAACUAGGGCUUAGCCACAGUGAUGAAUAGCAUUUCUUUACAUAUACUGCAAUACAACACGUACUGUAAGCUAAAAUGGAUAUCAAGUAUUUUUCAAUAGGAACUACUUUUGUUAAUAUCUACACUUUGAAGGUUUUUAGAUGAUUUUUUCAUUUGAAAGCACUAAUAAUGGCACUAAUAUAAGGGAUAUGACUAAUCUUGUCUACCAGUGAAGAUGAUGCAAGCAUGUGUGUGUUUGUAUAUGAAUAAGAGCUUUAUGUAUCUGAAUGACAAAGCUGAUAUUAUGAAGGUUAUAUAUAUCGGAUUAUGUAGAUGCUUAAAUUGUAUUUUCCCCUUUUUAUACCUAUGAUCAUAACGCUUAAGGUUAGUGACUAUUUCUAGAGAUUUAACAGAAAAUUCUGAUGAAACAGUCGAGUAAGGUUGAUGUUUGAGACACCCUACAUUAAGCCAUGUUUCGCCUGGGGACCCCCUCUCUCUUCCUCUCUCCUGCUGCAGCAGUCUUUCUCAUUUCCAGUCUCUAAGGGGUUGCAUCAAAGGGCCAGGUUUUUCACCCAACCAGCACUUGGUCUUUUCAUGCAAAACUUCCUCCCCGCGCAGCACAGCGCCGGAGAACUUUUUACACGAAAGAAACCGAGUGAAUUGAAAAUGUGGCUUAGCUCGCGAGCUUGUGUGCAAGUCGUGGUUAGAUGCAAAAACAGGCCGUUUCCCAUUUUCUGGAGCUGAGAAACCACUGCUGUUUGUUGAAAAGACUAGCACAUCCUGGCUAGUGUCGGCACUGCAGAGCACUUUAUGCUGAGGGGUCUCCACAUCUGUGAAAACAGGUCAACAAACAAUCACCAACAUAACUUCUCCACUUUUCUGUUAUUUUAAUUUAUCCUUUUUCUUUUUUAAGUCUUCAGAAGAGAAAUAACACAUGCUGCAACAGAACUUGCUUUCUUAACCUUGACUUGAGAGUUUGCCUCUGAUCAUGUCCUCAUUCUGCCGUAUGCAUGCUUACUUGUUAAUAUCAGUGCUUUGGUUUGUUUCUGGAUGCCUGUUGUCGCCGUGUACAGUCAGCCGAGCUCACAUUUGAAUGAAUUGUAAAUAGAGUCUGGUUCAGUGUGAAUAGGGUUGCGGAGAUUGUACUGCGCUUGUAUUAUGACUGCAACUGAGAAUGUCUUAAAUAAUAGUUACACACGCACACAACAGUUGUGAUACACAGGCAUGCAUUAACACAGACACACACAGACACAAAACCCCUUAAUGGACGGAUCACUUGUUUUUCUUACCUUUUUCCAAGAAGAUCUUGCAUUGAAUCAUCUUGUUUAUAGAAUUGUAAAUAAAAUAUACUUACA